CACUCGCUCCCGUGAGAGAGAGCGACUGCAGCGGCGACGGCGAGACGCGCCCGCACAUGAGGUCACGGCGGCGCGAGGCACGCCGGACAUGGCGACGCGGCAACUUCGCUCGCCGGAGCAGCGUGCACAUGGACGUUGUCCCGCGCGCUCCUCCGUCGAGCGUAGCUCCGGUGACGUGACGACGCAGCGGUGGGGCAUUUCGCCGGCGGCUGCCGCCGCAAGCUUUUGGUGGCGGAGGCGACGUCCGAGGCACAGAGGCCAGGCGACGCGCGCGUGCGUGAGCACAGCAGCGGCGGCUGCUACUUCAUUCCACGCGCCAUCCCGAAGGGCGGCAGCGUUCCGGCCAUGGCGUGCGCGCACAGCGGCGGCCGUGCGGACCCCGAAGGCCGGCGUCAUCUGGCUCCUGCUCGAUGGCGGUGGCCGCGGAGGCAUCCUCCAAGUGCAGUAUUUCACCCUUGACGAUUCGUCGGUGCUCGUCAAAUGCACAACAGGACACGUAAAGGUUAACGGCGACGGCAGCAGCUCAAUAUUCUGCAGAGGGAUUGACUAGGGGACCUACAACAUCAUGUUGUUAGAUGACUGGACAGGCGAACUGAACGAGCUCAGCCAGCUGGGAUGCAACGUGCGAGUUGGCCAAUUAGUAGGUUGAGCCGCUCCCAUCGAUAACGAGAUGUUUCCAAUGAGAUAUGAAAUAGGGCUUUGCGACAAUUGUAUGGAGUUGGUCAAUAGCAAAGUUUUUUGGUCAAUUUAUGUUUUCAAUAUAUGGUAUAAAUUUAAGUGUUAAUAGUAGGAAAGAAUAGAAACUUUCUUAGUUUAUACUAUAUAGAUUCCUCACUUAAUAGUUUGUGUUGACUCGCUCCAUUAUUUUGGCAAGCAAGAACAGUGCACUUGAAUUAUGACACAUUUUUUCCUUUUUGAAAUUGCGCUUAUAAUGUGUUUGAUCAGAAAACUAUGCUCAUGUACAUAUACAAUGUCAUACAAAUGGUUCAUGAGGUCAUCAGGUAUGGAAUGCUCGACCAAUAUAUGUUUGUUUUUUGCAUUAUUUCCUGAUUCUCUUGCAGUGCUAUUCAACAACCUAUCUUCCUGACGGGUUCGCUGUCAUAACAUGUCGAGGUGGCCAGGGGUGCGCUUAUAGGGGUGAGGAGAUAUUUCCUCCUACUCGAUCGUUUAUGUAAAGGCCAAAGUUGAAGAGAUAUUUAGUCUAGACUAUGUAUAGCUUCUGUACCUAUGUACGUAUAUGGUACAUAUUGUAACACAACCAUUAUAUAUAAUGAGAUAAGCCACCCCUAGAGGGUUG